AUGCGAAAUGUCAGCGUUUUGGUACAGGGGCCUUCCGGUUCCCACUUCGUUCAACAUGUAUUAACAGUGCAAGAUCUAAGCCUACCCAUCCAAUCACUUCCCGAUAACCUUGUGAAACACGUGAAGGAAUCUAAUCGAGUAGAUUUACUCCCUUAUAAAGAAGUGCAGCCAAAGUUACUUUUGGGCCAAGACAAUUGGAAAUUGAUAGUGACCCGCGAGUUGCAAGAAGUGAAGGGCCACGAUCUUGCGUUGUCGCGGUCUCUUUUAGGCUGGGCUGUACAUGGGUUGGUAGGAUCGCGUUCAGAUUGGAAUAAAACCUCGAUCGCGUGCUCAAGAAACGGAGCGGGCGUAUUCAGUAUCGGACAGUGUGGCGACAACAAAGGGCUCGACGAAUUGAUCAGGCUUUACUUUCAGUUAGAUGAUUUUGGUGUUCGUGUGGAUACGCGGCCUAAAAGUGUUCAUGAUCAUGCUCUGACAACAUUAAAGGAGACAAGUUAUUAUGCGGGCAUUGCGUGGAUAACGGGGUUAUUGUGGAAUUCCAACAGUACACCAAGGAUUGAAAGUAUUACUACCGCGAAGAAAAGGCUUUUUUCGUUAGAAAAGAAAUUGGAUCGGAAUCCAGACUAUGCCUCGCGUUAUUACAAAGAAAUGGAGAGACUUAUCAGAGACGGGUACGCCGAAAAGGUAGAAGAAAACACUCAGAGUACGCGUGUUUGGUACCUGCCGCAUUUCGGUGUGCAGAACGCGAGUAAGCCGGGGAAGCUGAGAAUAGUUUUUGACGCGGCUGCCAAGACAGCUGGUAUUUGUUUGAACGACCAGCUCGAGUCCGGGCCGGAUCUUUUGCAACCGUUGCCGGGGGUGUUAUUACGUUUCCGACAGUACGCUGUUGCGUGUAAAGCAGAUAUUAAGGAUAUGUUUUUGCGCGUGAAAGUGAGAAAGGAGGAUCGGGACGCGCAGAGAUUUCUAUGGCGCGGUCACGAUCGAGAGAGGGAGCCCGAAGUUUUCGCAAUGACAUGCUUAAUUUUUGGUGCGAAGUCCUCGCCUUGUAGUGCGAUAUAUGUCAAAAAUCGGAACGCGGAAGAUUAUAUUAAUUCUCAGCCGGAUGCGUAUAGAAGUAUCACAACUAAUAGUUACAUGGAUGAUUAUUUGGUCAGUCGGAAAUCCGCGCAAGGGUUGAUAGAUUUGGUUCGAGACGUAACACGAAUAAAUGCGCGAGCAAAUUUCGAGAUGCACGGCUGGGCCAGUAACGAUGGGGUAGUGAAGGAAGCUGCAGCAAUGGGGAAAUCGGUAAAAGAGGGUGUAGAGAUGAGACUCUGUGACCGAGGGGGAGAGAAGGUGCUAGGUCUUUAUUGGGACACAAAGAUAGACGAGUUAAGGUUUAGAGUCGAUAUGAACAAAAUUCCCGCAGAGGUGGCGCACAGACGCAGGAAACCGACGAAGCGUGAAUACCUUCGCGUCAUUAUGUCGAUAUUUGACCCCCUCGGGUUUCUGGUACCUUUCACGAUAAAGUCGAAAAUAUUAAUGCAGAAGAUUUGGCGCAGUGGGAUUGGAUGGGAUGAACCGUUGCGGGAUGAAGAGAAUAUUGGUUGGCUAUCGUGGUUGCGGACGCUGCACGUUGUGAACGAAAGUCGCGUUCCACGCUGCCUUGUAACAACAGUUUCCGGGCACUUAUUGGCGCAGUUGCAUGUAUUCUGUGAUGCGAGUUUGGAAGCGUAUGCUGCCGCAGCUUACAUAAGGAUCGAAGGGGAGAACCCUCCAUCAAGUACGAUCUUAAUAAUGGCGAAGUCAAGAGUCGCGCCUUUGAAGCCGCUUUCCGUUCCACGUUUAGAGUUGCAAGCUGCGCUGCUUGCAGCAAGAUUAGCUAACACUAUUACUGAAGAACUGGAUAUUGAGUUUCAUCGACGCUUCCUAUGGUCCGAUUCGGCAACCGUGUUGAGAUGGAUAAAAGGGGAGCCCCGUACGCGGCAAGUGUUUGUAGCCCACCGUCUCGGAGAAAUUGGGGAGCUCACGAAGAGCUCAGAUUGGCGAUGGGUCCCUUCAGAUCAGAACGUCGCGGAUAUCGCGACGCGCUGGAAUAAUGGAGCUUCUUGUGAUUCCACCAGCUGGUACUUUGGACCAGAGUUUUUGCGGAAAUCGGAACGUUACUGGCCAGUAGAGAAACCACUCGAAGAGGCGCAGAAAGCAACGAUAGACGAAACGGAAGCGCGCAAAACGUUUGUAUACACUACCAGUUCUCAUGAACCAGCUGGUUUUCCACUAGCGAUCAACAUUUUGGGAUGGCAGGGAUUAUUGAUUAUGGCUAGGCGAGUACAAUCAGCCGUGAAUCGCUGGAAAGGGAGAUCUCGCAAUCCGAUUUCCGUAGAAAGUACCGUAGCUGCAGAACGAUAUUGGUAUCGCAAGGUUCAAGCCGACUACUUUAGUGAAGAAUUAAGUGCGAUCAAAAAUAACAAAUCAGUAAGUAAAGCCAGUAAAAUAGCGAAUUUAAGGCUUUAUUUGGACGAAUGCGGUAUUUUAAGAGCCAGCGGUAGAGCAACGAAAAUUCACGAAGCUGACUUUAAUAACUACCCGAUAAUUCUUGAGG